GUCGAACAGCAAUCGUUCAACUUCCCUCGGCACACUAGGUACCCUCGCUCACCAAGCACCAGUCACUCUUUUCCGUCAAAGAUGUUCUUCUCUCGCUCCACCGUCUUCGUUGCGCUCUCCGCGCUCGUCGUUUCCGCCGCUGCCGCCCCCAGCGCGCUUCCUGCAAGCCAGUGCAACACCGGCUCCAUCUCGUGCUGCAACAGCACCCAGAAGGCGAACAGCGCCGACGCCAGCCAGCUCCUCGGCCAGCUCGGUGUCGUCGUCUCGGACGUGACCGCGCUCGUCGGCCUCGGCUGCAGCCCGCUCUCCCUCGUCGGCGCAGGCGGCAACAGCUGCAACGCCGCACCCGUCUGCUGCGAGGACAACCACUUCAACGGCCUCAUCACCGCCGGCUGCGUGCCGGUCAACCUCUCCGCUUGAGAGCGUGUAUCGCGUCCGCCCUAAUCUUACGCCUCAGUCACCCC